GGUCAGCCAGGUUUGCAAGGUGGUACAGGCGCUACAGGUGCUACCGGGUCGCCAGGAAGUUCUGGUUCCAGUGGUUCACAAGGUCCGACUGGUUGGACGGGUCCAACUGGUCAGCAGGGUCCUCAGGGAUCUCCUGGAUUUCCGGGGCCUAAUGGAGGCAUGGGAUCAACUGGAGCUACUGGAAGUUCCGGAGGAACAGGAGCCAGUGGAGUUCCUGGGCCUUUUGGUUUGUUGUAA